UAUAUUAUAUUGACAAAAGUAUUGGGACACCCCUCCAAAUAAUUGGAUGUAGUUGUUCCAAUCACCUCCAUGGCCCCAGGCAUGCAGACUGCUUCUACAAACAUUGGGGAAAGAAUGGUUCGCUCUCAGGAGCUCAGUGAAUUUAAGCGUGGUCCCGUGAUAGGUUGUCACCUGUGCAAUAAGUCCAUCCGUGACAUUUCCUGGCUACUAAAUAUUCCACACUCAACUGUUAGUGGUAUUAUAACAAAGUGGAAGCAACUGGGAACAACAGCAACUCAGCCACCAAUUGGUAGGCCACAUAAAAUGACAGAACAGGGUCAGCGCAUGCUGAAGCACACAGUGCACAGAAGUCACCAACUGUCUGCAGAGUCAAUAGCUAAAGGCCUCCAAAUUUCAUGUGGCUUCAGAUUAGCACAACAACAGUGUGUAGAGAGCUCCAUGGAAUGGGUUUCCAUGACUGAGCAGCUGCAUUCAAGCCUUGGUGAUGUACCAAGUGCAAUGCAAAGCGUCGGAUGCAGUGGUGAAAAGCACACCGCCACUGGACUCUAGAGCAGUGGAGAUCUGUUCUCUGGAGUGACGAAUCACGCUUCUCUGUCUGGCAAUCCGAUAGACGUGUCUGGAUUGCCAGAAGAAUGGUAUUUGCCUGACUGCAUUGUGCCAAAUGUAAAG